AUGGGUGUAUGGUACUCGCCUGAGUACAUACGCACGAUUGUCCAGAAGAACAGCAAUAUGGCUACUUUCCGCAGCGACAUAGAAAACACAAUUCACGCUGUUGUUCACAUCCACAUAGGUGGCAACAUGGGCGCAGCUCACAGCCCCAACGACUGGGCCUUCAUGCUCCACUACGCCAACGUGGAUUGUCUGUGGUGGCAGCGGCAGCAGCUCGACAACCAUCUGUGGACCAUGGAUGGACCCAACCACGAUGGCGCAGCCACCACCCUCAGCAUCGACCUUAUUUACUUUGAUGAGCCCACCCCCAUCCUCCGACCUCACCAAGAAUGGACCAGGAUGCACAACUACGAUCCUGCCGAGGUUGGGCGUGCCUAG